AUGACCGUUUCUCCCCUCCUCUGCUGAUUUGAAGACCUUUAAACCCCAACCUCCCCCAUACCCAAGAGAGGGUAGGAUGGCCUUCACAAGUCCAUCCCGUUUCCCUCUCCCUCUCCCUCUCUUCAUUGGCAUCAUCUCUUUCAUCCUCCUCCACCCCAUCUCCACCACCACCUCUUCCACCGCCGGUAUCCGCCUCGGCGUCAUCCGUAAACCAUCUACUUCCACCGAUCACGUCCCCGUCUUCCGCGAAGCUCCCGCUUUUCGCAACGGCGACACCUGCGACACCAACACCAUCCAUGUCUCAAUGACCCUAGACGCCAACUACCUCAGAGGCACAAUGGCUGCCGUCCUCUCCAUCCUUCAACACUCCACAUGCCCAGAAAACGUUGCCUUCCAUUUCCUCUCAGCCCGGUUCGACCUGGAUGUCAUAACCAGCAUCCGGUCCACCUUCCCUUAUCUCAAUUUCAAAGUCUACCGGUUCGAUUCCAACAGGGUUCGUGGCAAAAUCUCCAAAUCGAUACGACAAGCACUAGACCAGCCAUUGAAUUACGCACGUAUCUACCUCGCCGACAUAAUCCCAGCCGACGUCGGCCGGAUAAUCUACCUCGAUUCGGACCUCGUCAUGGUCGACGACAUUGCUAAGCUUUGGGGGGUUGAUUUGGGAGAUAAGGUGGUGGCUGCACCUGAGUAUUGCCAUGCCAAUUUCACAGAAUACUUCACCGAAUCAUUCUGGUCCGACCGGGAAUUGGAGUCAACGUUUGAAGGAAGGAAGCCUUGUUAUUUCAAUACAGGAGUAAUGGUGGUUGAUGUAGAUAGGUGGAGACAAGGUGGGUAUACACAGAAAGUUGAGGAUUGGAUGGCUGUGCAGAAGCAAAAGAGGAUAUAUCAUUUGGGUUCUUUGCCACCUUUCUUGUUGGUAUUGGCUGGGAACAUUAAGGCCAUUGAUCAUAGAUGGAACCAACAUGGGUUGGGUGGUGAUAACCUUAAAGGUAAAUGUAGGGGUCUUCACCCUGGACCCAUUAGUCUACUUCAUUGGAGUGGAAAGGGUAAGCCUUGGUUGAGAUUGGACUCCAGGAAGCCAUGCACAGUUGAUCAUCUAUGGGCCCCAUAUGAUCUUUACCGUUCAUCAACAACCUUUCUGGAAGAAUGAUCUAAGAAGAAGAUUGAGAGAGCAAGAGAGAGAGAGAGAGAGAGCCAAGGGAGGGAGAAGAGGGUUUCUGCAAAAAAAAAUGGUGGUGAGUGCAGAAGAGAGAGCAAGAUUUCAUUGACUUUGAUUUUCAAAUAUUGGUCAAUGGUUCGAACUUUGAAGGAAGAAGAGAGAGCCUCUCAAUGAGGCUCAAGUGGGCUUUGGGAAAAAAAAAAGAAGGGGUUUUUGGUACUGGGCAUAUAAUUGCCUGGAUGCCUCUUAAACUAAAUCCAUGGGCUUAUGAAAUAUGAAUUGGGUUUUGGGUGAUUUGUUGGGCCUGAUGAGGGAAACCCUAAACCAUGUUUAAUUUUUUCUUGGUCUUUGGGAAUGCAAGAUAUCUGGAGUUGAUAUGUAGAAUAGCUUUAAGUGUAGGUUUUGGAGCUAUGAUCCUGCAUGAGAAUGACCUUGUUCCUGGGACUAACUUCUAUUUAUUUUGAAUUUUUCCCCUCCCACAGAGUUGUGUCUUAGAUCUUAGCAUGUCAUUAAAAGUAUUUGGAAUGGUCCUUCUAAAGAAUGUAUAUAUUUGAAUCAGAUUUGUUAUAUUUGAUUCACAUGCCCUUGC